AUGAAAGUGCAUAGGUCCUACUGGCUAGUGGCUACUAACCUGAACCUGACCUACCUGAGAGCGAAUGUGUGUUACUGUGUUCUGAAACAAGAAAGAUUGUAAAAGAAGAAAGCAUUUUGGAUAGGUGAAUAAAUAAAGGAACCUUACCAAACGUAGGAAUAUAUUUCAUUUUAUACGAAGAUCUAAGGGAUAAAAUCAGUUUGCGUGUACAAUAUCUGAAGGCUAAAAUUGGCUGUAACUUGAUCAACGUCUUCAUCCGCGAAGUUUUUGCUACUUUUGGUGUAAAGUGUUAGACAUUAGCAAAUAAAGCAGGAAACAUUUUCGCUACGAUGUGCUGCCGAAUCAAGUUCUCAACAUGUGUUUAGAUCUGAGUUAGUAUGUCGUAGUAAAUGAGGAGUCUUGGCAGACAGGGGAUGACACCUUGUGGGCCAGUUAGGUGUACAGUGACACUUGCAUAUUAUAAGGACCUCCUUGGGCAAUAAGUGAUUCCAGCAUUGCAAGAAAGCAAUGAUGUCCACACCACUAUUUUCGUGCAAGAUGGGGAGACACCAUAUAUUGCUUGGCAGAGUUGGUGUUGAUGUCCACAAUUAAAAUUCAAUGGAAGUUCUGAAAAUCCAUGAACAUCCUAAUCUGGUAGAAGAGUGUUGCAGUCUGAUAAAUAUGGAAUGGCCGAGGAGUAAGACAGCAAGGUUACGCACUCUUCAGCAGUCUUCCGACAGCCUGCCAAUGUCUUUAGUAUUGGUAAAAGAUCAACAUGUAAUUGGCCAUAGCAAACUGACACCUUUACCAGCAGAACCAAAUGCAUGCUUUGUGGAAUCUGUUGUUAUUCAUCCAUCGUAUCGCAAACAAGGUCUCGGCAAGGCACUCAUGAAUGCAUCAGAGAAUGAAGCUCAAAAGCUCGGUCUUCAUACAGUCUAUUUAUCAACUAUCGACCAACAAGGUUUCUACCUGAAACUUGGAUACACAGAAUGUGCUCCAGUUUCAGUUUAUGGCUGUCCUAUAGCAAAGUGGAAUUCAUCACAUACUAUGGUCCACAACAACAUGCUCAGUGACCUAGAACUGCAAAACGAAGUUUCACCAUUAGACAGCAGAACUCUAACAAAAGAUACUGUGCCACUACAGCAUGAAGCUACUUCACUACUGCCAUGUCAACUACCGCCCCCUACUCCUCCUCCUCCUCCUCCUCCUCCUCCACCACCACCACCACCACCACCACCACCACAGUCAUUACCUUUGGCACCGACACAGAAACAAAGAAAGACUUUUAUGAAAAAAGUACUUUAAUAUGUGUUACAAUAAGAAACUUAAAAUGUUUAUUGUGAGGUCCAGGUAUACAUGACAACAUACAAUAAUUUACUAUUUUUACAAAUCUUGUAUUUUCAUAAUGUUAAAGCACUGCUGAUGCAGAUCUCCAUGCUAUUCUGUCCUGUGCGAGCCUCUUCAUCUCCAAAUAACUGUUGCAACUAACAUCCUUCUGAAUCUGCUUACUGUAUACAUCUUUUGGUCUCCUCCUACU